AGAUGUUGCUGCGCUCGAUUGAUUCUCGUGUCAACCGCAUCGAUCUUCGCGGACGCACGUUUCGUCUCAGAUUUGGCGGCGUAAAAGGAAGGAAAAGAAGUUUUAAAAAUCUAUACUCGGUCACACCCUUCCCAUAAAAUUGCACAUCGAUAGAGCGCGAGGCGGUGCUUCUUGCGAGGGGCAGCCACAACGCGCAGCGUCACACACCCCAGCAAAGCUGCUGCAAACCGUUUUCGAUAAUAAGGCACACGCCUUACCAAUAAUAAAAAAAGGCGUCCUUCUUCAUAUAUUGCGCUGCAACCGCACGCACAAACGGACCGUGCUGGCCUUUCCCAGCCCGUUGCAACACGUACCUCAUCAGAUCAACGUAUAUAGAUAUAUAUGCACCGCACACCUAUUCAUACAUACAGUUGCUCACACAAGAACACAAACACGAAGGAGAAAGUACGUAGGAGUCAACAGAAAACGAAGAGCAUCAAAACGCCUUCACAAAAAUCACGUCGCACACCACCUCAGAAUAUAUAUAAAGAAGAAUAAUCGAUGGCCACAAAAACGAACCACUGCGCGUAUCAUCACACAAACAAACCAAGAAGGUCUCGUUUUGCGUCUCUCAAUCGCAGCGAGCUCUUCAACUAUUAGGCAUCUCCAUUUAAUCGCCACUGCCUUCCCAUCACAACCCUCCAUACUUUUCCCACCUGCUAUCCUUACUACGUUGCAUCUCUUCGCUCCGCUGUUGUCGUUGUCCUUUACCCCUGCUGUUUUUUACGUCGUAGCAGUGCUUUGCUGUCCUGCGAGUCAUUUCCUUUACUGACCAAUUUGUUCUGCUUCUUUGUUCCUUCUUUGCGACACGGCUUCUUCUUGUUGUUGUUUCUUACUGCUGGGAAUCGUUGCUGUACUUUGAAGCGUACCACCACUCGUUUUCUUUUUUCUUUCUUUUCUCUGUUUCCCCACUCUCUUUCGGAGGGGAAAAAUGCCGCUGCUGCGCAAAUCAGCCGCCGGGACUGGGGUCGCCAACGGCACCUUCCGCCCACCCACGAUGAACGGCAGCGACGACGCGAAAACCAGCCGCAACGCGCUCAAACACAAGGCGAGUGCGCAUCCGGUGCUGCCGCCCACCUCUGCGGCGGCUGUCCCACGCUUUAUGGCGUCUCGACGGGCCGUCGAAGGCCACGGCAGCUCCUUCAAAAAACCCAGCGGCGCCACGGAGGGGGAGAAGGGUCACGGCAUGUCGGAGGGUCCAGGCAGUGUGGAGUUGCCGGGCCCCACGGUGACUUGUCUCACCUCCACCGGGGUGCGCCGCGCCGUGAUGUACCCGUCCGCACCCCCGCGCAGCGCCGUCUGCUCGGCCAAUCAACAGCUGAUCGCCCAUCGGCUGGCGCGACGCAGCGGCAUGGACUACCACCAGCCGGCUUCGGCGGUGAAGGCCAUGGAGGAGCGUGCACUGCUGGCGGCCGCCGCGGCGAGAGGCGACACCGCUGACGAGGACGGAGGCGACGCUACGAGUACGAAAGUGGCAACGGCGAAGCUGGCGAAGGUGGAGGGGACGGCGGGGGGCGUGAAGGCGGUGCCCGGAGCCGCAACAGCCACCAACGGCUGCGGGGACGCCGCGGCGGGGGGCGGCGACAACACCGAGGCGGGCGCCGCGUCAGCCGGCAGCGGCGACGUCGAGGACGACGGUUCGAUACCGGCGGCCCACGUGGUGAGUCGCUACCCCGUCAGCCCCUACGGGAAGCUGUACUUCCAGGUGGAGACCGAAGCCGCGACGCGGCACGAGUCCGUCGGCAUCAUCAUCGUGGACACGGAGGAGCUCGGCGUGAUGAUGUACGACCGCGUAGGACGGCAAUUCGGUAACCGGCCCGAGCCCGGAUACCCGCUGAAGCAGGAGGAGGUCGACAAUGCGAAGGCGGGGGUGACGCUGAAGGUCGGGGCGAAGUCCGUCCUGCUGGUCACCGCGCUGACCGAAGAGGCCUUUCGCAGCGGGGAGUUCUUCCUGCGCUCCGAGCACGACCUUCGUGUGAAGGAGGACAAGGCGAAGGCGAAGGCCGACGCGGCGGCGGCCGAGGAGGCGAAGUCACGCAAGCCGAAAAUGAGCUUCGGCAACUCCCUCGGCGGCAGCAACGCCUUCGCCGCCAUUCUCUUCCGCCGUCGGCCGCAGGAGGGUCAGACGGGCUUUGUGGUGCCCGUUGCGGGGCGCCCCAAGGUGGGGAAGAACGGCAUCAUCAUGAACGAACUGUGUCCCCUGCACGACCCUGACCGCGAGAAGGCGGUGGUGCUCUUCCGUGCCGACUACAAGCGCGACCUGCUGGGUCGUCGGCAGGUAUCAGUGGUGGUCGACCCGAUCAUCGGCGACAAGCUGCGCCCGCACCAGGUCAUCGGUGUGAAGUUUCUCUUCGACUGCAUUACAGGGGAACGCAUGCCCGGCUACCACGGUGCGAUCCUGGCGGAUGAGAUGGGUCUCGGCAAGACGAUUCAGACCGUGGCGACCAUCUACACAUGCCUGAAGCAGGGCAAGCAUGGGCAGCCCACUGCCCGCAAGUGCCUUGUCGUGACGCCGUCGUCGCUGGUGAAGAAUUGGUGCAACGAGUUCGAUAAGUGGCUGGGCGAGGGCGCGGUGAAGCACUUUGCGAUCUCCGAGUCGACCCCGAAGGGCGACCGCAUCAUCUCCCGCUUCGACGGCGACGGCGACGUGCUGGUCAUCUCAUACGAUCAGCUGCGCAAGUACGUAACUCGCAUUUCGGGUCUGCGCUCCAUUGAGCUGGUGGUGUGCGACGAGGGCCACCGCCUGAAGAACGCGGAGGUGAAGACGACGAAGGCGGUGGACAUGCUGCCGACGCGAAAUCGGAUUAUCCUGUCUGGCACGCCGAUCCAAAACGACUUGUCGGAGUUCCACGCGAUGGUCGGCUUUGUGAACCCCGGCAUUUUGGGCAACCGCGACCUCUUCGCCCGCGUCUUUGAAGAGCCCGUUUCGCUCGGUCGCGAUCCUGGCUGUCCGGACCACCUGAAGUCCCUCGGGCGUGACCGUGCGCACUACCUGUCCACCCUCACCCAACGCUUCAUCCUGCGUCGCACGCAGUCGAUCAACGAGUCCUACCUCCCACCGAAAGUCGACGUCACCGUCUUUGUGCGGCUCGGCGCGCAGCAGAUGCAGGCGUACGAGAAGCUGGCGGCGAUGGUGGAGACGGCUGAGUGCACCCCACUGGUGUUGAUCUCCGCCUUGCGGAAGCUGUGCAACCACAUGGAUCUCUUCUACGACGCGGUGCGGCUCUCCCAUCAAAUCGGCGUCGGCGGAGGGGGGAAGGGCGCGCAGGAGGUGGAGCAGCCAGGGAAGCGUCGUGGCCGUGCGCCGGGCAGCUCUCCUGGCAUCCCGUACGCUGUCCUGCCAAAGGGCUUUAAGCCGGGCAGCCUGAGCAUGGACUGCGGCAGCAAGAUCCACUUUGUGUCCCUCGUUCUGGAUGAAAUUCGCGCCAACGGCGAACACGACAAGUUGGUGAUUGUCUCGAACUUCACUCAAACGCUGGACAUCAUCGCGGCCCUCUGCACUGCGAAGCAGAUCGCGUACUUCCAGCUGGACGGCAGCACCCCCAUCAAGAAGCGCCAGCAGCUGGUGGACUACUUUAACGUGCCGGGCUCGCAGGAGAUCGUCUUCCUGCUGUCGUCGAAGGCCGGCGGCGUUGGCCUCAACUUGAUAGGUGCGAAUCGGCUCAUCCUCUUCGACCCCGACUGGAACCCCGCGAACGACGCGCAGGCGAUGGGUCGUGUCUGGCGUGACGGGCAGCAGAAGCGCGUCUUCAUCUACCGCCUCCUCAGCACCGGCACCAUCGAGGAGAAGAUCUACCAGCGUCAGGUCAGCAAGCAGGGUCUGUCGGCGAACGUGGUGGACAUGCAAGAAGACUCGAAGCAGCACUUCACCCUAGAGGAGCUGAAGUCGCUCUUCAAGUACAAGUCCGACACGCUGUGCGACACGCAUGACUUGCUGGGCUGCACCACGUGUGAGGCGGCAGCGGCGGCGCUGCAGGCGGCGAGCGGCAGUCGUGGUAGCCGCGGCGGCAAAGCGGCUGAGCCACCGCAAAUGCGGUUCCGCAAGGUGGGUCAGGCACCCAAGAAGAGCGGGCCCCGCAUGGACGAACUCAAGGCGUGGCGCCACCUCAGCGACGUGGCGAAGUUUAACCUCGAUAAGGUUACCCGCGUCGUGGCGGCCCACGCGCCGUCCCUGCUGUCUUUUCUCUUCGCGGAUGAGCGCGACAACACCAAGACCGCCGGCCCCGUCGUGUCGACCCGGGUUAAAGUGGACAAGCCUGCCUUUGAGGAGGAUGCGGAGGCGAUCACGUGUGCCAGUCAAGCCGCCAUGCAGCAGCAGGAGAGUGAGAUGGAGAUUGAGGUCAUCGACGAUGACGAUGACGAAGAGGAUGAAGCGUCGUCGUCAGACGAGGAAGAGGAGUAG